GACCACAGACAUACCGGGCGGUCGGAAGACUCCCGUACCCAUAAACGGGAAGCACGCGAAGGCUGCGGGAGUCGCACGGGUCUCUUGGUGCUGAAACUCCCCAACAAUUAUAUUUCCCAUCGAGGGGAGAGGAGAGGAGAGGAGAGGAGAGGAGGGGGGGAGAUGAUUUCGAUCAAACGCUAACUCGUUUACAGUAGGAAGGCUUGUUGUGUCCCUUUAAUGCGCCUUUCCCCCCGUUUGUCUUUGCCCGCCGGAGUUGGAUUUACGCGCGGCGGACGGCGUGGAGCAGAUUUUGCGCACCGGAGGAACUAUGUAAAGGUUGACCAGGCACCAUCUUAAACCACGGUGGUGUUACCCUCAGACACAGCCAUGAAAUCCAUGCUGGAUGGUGUGGCGGACACCACUUUCCGGACUAUUACCUCUGGUUUACAGUAUCUUGGCUCCAAUGACGCCAAAUAUGACGACCCUGCCGUCAAUGCAGACUUCACUAAGGGCAGCUUCUCUCUUCAGAAGCCCUUGUCCGCCUUCCGUGGCAACGCUUUCCUUGACAAAGUGCCUGCGGAUGAGGAGCUGAUCCUCAAGGGCAUCCCAUUCUUCCCCACCAAUGCCACUGACCUGUUCGGCAACAGGAGUGCAUUCGGGGAUGGGGCCAGCGACCUCCAGUGCGGGGAGAACUUCAUGGACAUGGAGUGCUUCAUGAUCCUGACACCCAGCCAGCAGCUGGCCGUGGCCGUGAUGUCACUGACUCUGGGCACCUUCACGGUGCUGGAGAACCUGCUGGUGCUCUGUGUCAUCCUGCAGUCCCGCACUCUCCGCUGCCGCCCGUCCUACCACUUCAUAGGCAGCCUGGCUGUGGCCGACCUGCUGGGCAGCGUCAUCUUUGUCUACAGCUUCCUGGACUUCCAUGUGUUCCACAGGAAGGACAGCCCCAACGUUUUCCUCUUCAAGCUGGGUGGGGUCACCGCCUCAUUCACUGCGUCCGUGGGAAGCCUUUUCCUGACUGCCAUCGACCGCUACAUCUCCAUACACCGACCCCUGGCCUACAGGCGUAUUGUGACCCGGACCAAGGCCGUCAUCGCCUUCUGCGUGAUGUGGACCAUCUCCAUCAUCAUCGCGGUGCUGCCUCUGCUGGGCUGGAACUGCAAGCGGCUCAACUCCGUCUGCUCAGACAUAUUCCCCCUCAUUGACAAAAACUACCUGAUGUUCUGGAUCGGGGUGACCAGCGUGCUGGUUAUUUUCAUUAUCUACGCCUACAUGUACAUCCUGUGGAAGGCGCACCACCACGCCGUGCGCAUGUUGAGCCGCACCUCCCAGAAGAGCCUGGUUAUCUAUUCGGCGGACGGGACUAAGGUGCAGACCACCCGCCCUGAACAGGCCCGCAUGGAUAUCCGUCUGGCCAAGACCCUGGUUCUCAUCCUGGUGGUGCUGGUCAUCUGCUGGGGCCCAUUGCUGGCCAUCAUGGUCUACGACCUGUUCUGGAGGAUGGACGAUGACAUCAAGACAGUAUUUGCCUUCUGCAGCAUGCUCUGCCUGCUCAACUCCACGGUAAAUCCCAUCAUCUACGCCCUGAGGAGCAAAGACCUGCGGCAUGCCUUCCUCAGCUCCUGCCACGCCUGCAGGGGCAGCGCCCAGCAGUUCGACAACAGUCUGGAGUCCGACUGCCAGAACAGACACAUCAACAUCGCUGCCAACAGGGCCGCGGAGAGUUGCGUCAACACCACUGUGAAAAUAGCCAAAGUGACAAUGUCUGUUUCGACCGAGACCUCUGCAGAGGCUGUCUAAUUGUUGGUGUCACGGCAGAAACUGUGUAAUGGUCACCCUCUCCAAACAAUGCCAUUAAUAAAAAUUAAAAAACAACAACAACAACAACAACAAGUGCAGAGCAAAGGUUUACCAGGGAGGCGUUCCUCUCCUGAGACUAUUGAAUUAAAAACACAUAUAUAGAGGCUUCAGUGGUUAACUACUGUGUUAUUUUAUGCUAGUGUGCCAGUAUACAUAUCGUGUUUCGGUGCCAAAGUGCCAAAUGGUAAUGAAAUGUAAUAAGAACAUCUCCCAGUGUGAACGGGUCAUCAGAGGCCCUCAUAAGUCUGUUGUUCACCAUUGGCUUCGUGAUAUCUGAAUGGGGGGGGGGGGGCGGGGGAGGCAUAUUAUAUAUUUUUGUAUUGUGAAUUCAGGUUCUGGAACAAUAUAUCUUCAUUCAUGGGAUAAGGGGCUACUGACAUAAGUCAUUUAGACGUCAAGGUGUGUGUUACGCCUUAUGGAUAACAAAUCUUUCCGCCUUGGCUUUCUACAGACCGUCAUAUCUCUCACACGUCAUCGGAUACGGAGUUGGGAGUUAUACGCGAUGUAAAGGACGUUGGUAUUGUGAGGUGAUGCAUUCUAUUUAUUAAAAAAAAACAAUCAAGAAUACUGAUUAAUAAAUCAACCAUCACCAAAAAAAAAAGUUUAUUUUCACCU